UUGAGCUGCGUUCGGACGCGGCUGCUCGAAUUCCCCAUUUCAAUCUAUUGCGAAUGCACGCACAAUUAGGAAGAAAACUGCAAGUGGGAAAUUCUGUCUGCAUGAAGACAGUUUGGAAGGAUUUCUGGUUUUAUGUUUUUGUAUUUCGGCACGACACCUUUAUGCAAUAAUUUUCAAAAACAGAAUACCUUAGGACAGUUUGCAGAUACUGUCUUGUCCAGUUGGAGCGCAGGAGGAUUUUAGUGAUCGUCUUAAGGGUCACGCAGUGAGGCACAGGAUGGAGCAUUGAGGUGUAAAGUCGUCAGAACCUGCACUGUGCUUAUAAACUCUCUGGACAACCCGUAACUUUUAAGUCGGGGCCGAGGACCGUCUCGCCAUGCAGCACCGGCCGCUGCAAGCUAAGCAUGAAUCGAAGGAAGAGGACGGGGACGAAAGUUUAAUAAAUCGUGCCUCAGGGACCGUGGAGUCACUUUAUAACGGAGCACGCGCUGACAUGAACGAGACGUGCGGUGACCGGGGCCCACCUGAAGGUACCGAGGUGAUGGUCCUCACCCCCUUGGAUGCUUUGGCCUUUUACAGUGAGAAUAAAGACAGAAAUGCAGGCCCAGAAGUUUGGAAAACUGAAGACUUUACUGAGCAGCCUCAUGGAGACAUUAAGGAUGAAGACACCCAAGUGGACAUAUGGGUUUCAGAGGAUUGUGUGAAGCAGGAGCCAAUCGGUUUUAAGAAGGAGGAGGAACUCAAAAUUAAAGUGGAGGUUACAGAAAUUGAACUUUCAUCAGGCAUUAUAAGUGAGCAGUCUGCAGGUGAAGAUCUGACAACUGACCACCAAGUUAAGGAGAGCCACCUGGGAUGGACUUUGGAGUGCAGUCAGUCAUCAUCUCAGCAAGAAUGUGAGUCCGAAAAUCAGCCACUGAAUGAGGGGAUAUUAGGAACUGAAUCAGAAGAGAAAGCUAACGAUGAAGAACUGGAACAGGAGCAAACUGUAAAGGAUCAGCACACCUCGGAAGAAAAUUCAAAGACUCUCAGGAAAACGCAAGGAAAAAAAUCCAAUCAGUGUACCGAAUGUGGGAAGAAUUUCACCAUGGCCUCAAGCCUGAAGGAUCACCAAAGAAUUCACACGGGAGAAAGACCCUACGAAUGCACCGAAUGCGGCAAGACUUUCAGCCGGACGUCCAACCUUAAAGCGCACCAGCGCAUUCACACGGGAGAAACGCCGUACCAGUGUGCCGAGUGUGGGAAACUCUUCAGGUGGCUGCUGCAGCUUAGGACUCAUCAAAGAAUUCACGGAGGAGAAACACCGUGGCAGGGUUCAGAGUGCGAAUAUCCCGAAGCCUCCUCCCAGGAUACAGAAGGACCGCCUCAUCUGGGCUCCGAGCUGGAGACUGAGCCUGCACGACCACUUGAAGAUUCUGUCGUUUUCAAAAAAGAACCAGGACUCCAUGAUCAAAUUCCUGGUUAUAUUAAACAAGAAGACAUUCCGGUGUUAUCUUCUGGGGAAACAGACUGUGGAAUGAACAUGAAAUUGACCAGGGUUAAGGAGGAGGACAAGCUCAUCCCGGUUAAAGAGGAAGCCGUAGAGCUGGAAUAUUCUUCCACUCAUAAAGAAGUGGUUGCCUCGGUAUCAUUGACUGACUUGGUACUAAAGGAUACAGUCUCCAUCUGUAAAGUUAAGAGAGAGGUGGUGCAGAAAAAGGCUUCUGGGUCUGAAGGUGAAGGUGCAGAUGAGGAGAAACCAAAAAUGAAUUUCUGGAAAAGGGAAAAGUCCCAAGUUAGUCGUGAGAUUCAGAUUCCUGAUGAAACGUCAGAGAAAUGUCAUAAACUACCGCAUCAUGAAAUACAUCAGGAUCUUCACAGCGAAGACAAACCACAUCAGUGCACCGAAUGUGGGAAGAGCUUCAAAGUGGCCAAAAGCCUUCGAUAUCACAUGAAGAUUCACACGGGAGAGAAGCCUUACCAGUGUAAGGAGUGCGGAAAGAGUUUCAUACUGGGUACAAACCUUAGAUAUCACAUGAGAAACCACACGGGAGAAAAGCCUUACCAAUGUGACCAGUGUGGAAAGAGUUUCAAUCACAGGACACACCUUAUCCACCACCAGAGAACUCACACGGGAGAGAAACCUUACCAGUGCACCGACUGCAACAAGGCUUUCAACCGGCGAAUGCACCUCAUCCAUCACCAGAGAGUCCACACAGGGGAAAAUCCUUACCAGUGCACUGAAUGCGGAAAGAGUUUCAAACAGGCGGCAUUCCUUAAAUAUCACCAGAGAGUUCACACCGGAGAAAAACUCUACGAGUGCCAUGAAUGUGGAAAAACGUUCAUCUGGAGUGCAUAUUUUAGACGUCACCUCGUAAUUCACACAGGUGAAAAACCGUACCAGUGCAACGAAUGUGGGAAGAGCUUCACGGACAGAGCAAAUCUGAGCCGACACCAAAACGUCCACAGGGGAGAAAAACCCUACCAGUGCAACGAAUGUGGGAAGAGCUUCAAACAGAAGUCAUACCUCAAACAACACCAGGCAUUCCACACAGAAGAGAAACCCUUCCAAUGUAAGGAAUGUGGAAAGUGUUUUAAAGUGAGGUCAUACCUCAGACAGCACCAGACACUCCACACCUGUGGGAAGAGUUUCAGACAACGUGUAGCCAUAAAGAGUAUUCAUACAGGAGAAGACACAUAAGAGUGUGAUGAAUGGGAACAUUUCUAGAAAGACAUCGUCCACAUGUAGGUUGUAUGCUCACAAUAUGUAAAAUGUCUGUUUUUCAUAUAUCCAUCCAUCCAUCCAGUAUUCAACCCACUAUA